GCGGGUGGCCCGGGCGGGACCCUCGAGUGCCCGUCGCCCCUUGGCCGGGAGCGAGCCUUGGGGGGACGCGGGAGGGGGAGCUGGCGGUGGCUUUGCUUUGGGGUUUUCUCUUAUUUGUGCCUCCCGCUGGGAGUCAGUCCGGCCCAACCGGACGAGCGGUGGAGGCGCGGUGGGUGAAGACGGACUUGGCCGAGGGUUCCCUGCCCUGGGGGCAGUGACUUGGCGGAGAUUCCGAGAAGGCCCCCAUCAGGAGCUAAGGCCCGGUGCACUUCACGCACCGAGAACACGCCCGGGGGUGUGGGGGGGGGGGCUCUCUGUCGCGGCUAACCUGUGGUCUGAAUCUCGGGGCGGCGGGGGGGGGGGGAACCCCAGACCCAGCUACUUUCCAUCUUCCCUACAUUUGGGUAGGAAGUGGCAUUUCAGACUAUUUUUUUUAGGUGGAGUUCACCUGGGAGAGAAUGACAGCUUGCCAGACUCUUUGGUCUUCGAAGAAAUAAUACAUCCCACGAAGAAUGUCAUAGAAUUAAAGAUACAGGAAGCCAACACUGGUCACUUAGUCGAAGGCUCACCCCCCACCUCCUACUGGGUUUCUAAAAGGGGAAAUAGAGGGGAAGAGUUUGUGAAAAGCUCCGGAGGAGCCGGGCAGCACAGGACAGGGACAUAAGCUCCCCCCUGAACUCUUGGGUUUAUAAAUGAGAGAGCGCUUCUCAAAGUAUGCAUUUCAUUUUCUCCAAUGAGGUGGUGCUUCUGUUUGAUUUUUGGAAUGUCCACAGUCCUGCAGGCAUGGCCCUUUCCGUGCUGGUGGUCCUGUUCCUGGCCGUGUUGUACGAAAGCAUCAAGGUUGGCAAAGCCAAGCUGCUCCACCAGGCUGUAGUGAGUGUGUCCAUCCUCUCCAGCCAGCAGCUCACUGAGGAGACAGACCAGGAUUCUUCAGCCUCAGACUCGGCCCCGGUCAGCAGAGCCCGCCUCAGUGACAACAGCAACAGAAAGUAUGUGCCGCCUUCAGUAUUGACCAGCGCAACCUCCACGCCUCAGCAGGAAACUGGAAGGCUGUUCUGUGUCAUGACGGAUGGAAGGUUUCCAGUGUCCAGCGCGGUCUCGCUGAUGCAGCCUCAACGUAUCCAGUUAUCCGUGCUGAGCGGCUAAGGCUCCCUCCCCUGGGCACUGCUGAGAUGAGCACUUCUAUGGGUGACCGGCAACCUCUUUGGUUUGAUACAGCCUCUAAAGGUGUGUGGGGCCCGAACAGCACAGAGGGCUUUUAGAAAAUCUAUGCUCUAGAGAAGCUAGGUAGACUAAGCAUGUGGACAUUCUUCAGGGCCAAGUCACAAAAGGUAGCACCUUCACUAACCUGAAUUUUUAAAAAUUUAACAGACACCAGCUUUGUACGUGCCAGUGUCCUAAGCACUUUACAGUAUUAACUAAUUUAACCUUCACAACAAGGUAGGAAAUCUGUCCGUCUUAGAAAAGAGGAAGCUGAGCACUGUGAGUGGCAGAGCUAGGAGGCAGGGCCAGGCAGCCUGGCCCGAAUCCGCUCAUCCGCACAGAUGAGGGGGAGGCUAAGAGAGUAACUGGCUAGGACCACAUGAUGCCCAGUGGCACGAGGCUGACUGUAUGUAGACUGUGGGGACUGAAAAGUCCGUGCUGUGUAUUUUACCACAACAGUCCAGAGAUUCUGUUCCAGGAGAUCUGGGAUGGGACCCAGGGGCCUGUAUUUCUUAGAAGCACCACUGCCCUCUUCCCUCAACGCAGUGAUAGUCGCCACCAUGGUGGACCAGAGUCCAGGCUCUAGAAUAGGCUGGCCAGGAUCUGAAUUCUUGUCCUCUUGCUUCAUAGCUAUGUGACCUUGGACAAAUUAAUUUACCUCGAAGCCUCAGUCUCUAUAAAAUGGGGUAACAGUGUCUUCUGCAAGGGCCAUGGAGAUGAGACAGUCUGUAUAAAGCACUCAACAACAGAGCUGAGUCAGUGGUAGUUCUGUUGCCCAGCCCCACUUAUGGCGGACAAGCUCACAAAAGAUCCAUCUUCACAAAGGAUGGUGUCAGGCCAUGGGAAUUCAGGAGCCUAUCUUACAAACAUUUUAAACCAGGGAACGUUUUUGUUAAAAUUAUUCUUUUUGAAGACUGGUUGCAUGGUCUUUGGAAGAAGUAAAAUGACCACAUAUAUUGUCUCACUACUCUUCUUGGCAUUUGCCCUGGCCCUGAGUCCACAGGGAAAGGAAGCUGCUCUCAAAGAGAAGCAUCAGGGAUGCCUGGGUGGCUCAGUUGGUUAAGCAUCUGAAUCUUAAGUUUGGCUCAGGUCAUGAUGUCAGUCGUGAGAUCGAGCCCCACACCGGGCUCUGCACUGAGUGUAGAGGCUACUUGGGAUUCUUUCUCCCUCUCUCUCCACCCCGCCUUCCCUCCCCCUCUCAAAAUAAAUAAACUUAAAAAAGUGGGGGGAGGAGAAUCAGUCCCUCAGGUGCCAUGAUGAAUGAUAAUGCAGCGUUUGGACCCUCCCACCUUCUGUCCACGGCUUCCUAGGGUGCAAGACUGAGUGUGCCAGAUCAAGCGAACGAAAUGACGGGUUCUCAGAUAACCACGAUGCCCCAAGCCUUCAACGGCUGGGACGAAAGGGGACAGCAGAGUGGGGACAUUCCUUGAAAGCCUGAGUUCCGGGGUACCCAGGGAGUAUGUCAUAAUGCUUUUGUGCAUGUUAACCAACCCAGGUCUGUUACAACUCUUACCCUGAGAUUCCCAGAGAGGAGCACGGCCUGCCUUAGCACCAAAUUCGAUUUCUCCCCAAGAGCUUGUGUCAAGUUCCAUUGCAGACAUUUAUUUGAGUUUUGUUAAUUUCAAAUAUUCAUUGACCUCUUGUAUCAGACUUAAGGCAGAGAAAAGAUACAUGUCCCAGGACUGCAGGCAAGGCUGUUAACCGAACCGGGGUUUAGACAGUGUAAUCCGCCCUGGGUUCCACCAGGGAGACCUCACCCAAGGCGACAGGUUCUGUUGCUGGUGCACGGUUGAGCAUCGGGAGGCAGAUCAGUCUGAGUUAGUGAAGAGACUAAAAA